AUGCGACGUAGGAAAAUUUAUUCAACUAUCUCUCCUCGAUAUCAGCCGUCAAAAAAGAUAAUUGAGAAGAAGAUUCCAACCUGCAAGCAAGAUCAGAAUUCAAAAACCUUCCCUCGACGUCAGCCAUCAAAGAGGAUAAUUAACAGCAAGAUUCCAGUCCGCAAGGAAAAUCAGCUUGACACGAACAAGUUUCAGUCCUACUUCGAGUGGGUUCACCAACAUAUUGUUCUACAUGUAGAUCAUUUUUGGUUUGAAGAUACUGACGAUGUCCUUUCGUGCAGGGAUAUUUUAUGGAGCUCCUUUUCGCCAGAAAGAAAGAACUCUUUCGCAUAUAUGGAUUGCAUUUGGCUUUCCUUGUAUUGGAAAGGGUUGCCCAAGGAAAAGGUGUUGGCCUGGGUUAAGAACAGACAUAUUUUUUCAAAAAAAUAUGUUUUUGUUCCCCUUGUAUGCUGGAGUCACUGGAGUCUUCUGAUCUUAUGUCACUUUGGAGAAAGUUUGGAGUCCACAACUACAAAACCAUGCAUGCUGCUACUGGAUUCCCUUGAAAUAGCAGAUCCAAGGAGGUUUAUAUUCGACAUUUUUGAAGUGGAAGGCAAACCGGAUCACAAAAAGGCAAUUGGAAAAAUUCCUUUGUUAGUGCCAAAGGUGCCACAACAAAGGAAUAAAGACGAUUGUGGAUUUUUUGUUCUCUACUACAUGGAAUUGUUCAUGCGAUCUGCUCCAGACAAUUUUAGCAUUGACGAGGGCUAUCCUUAUUUUAUGGAUGAAAAUUGGUUUAGUGCUGAAAGCGUGCAAAAGUGCUGUGCACAAGUCAACUUCUUUUGUAGGUGA